UUUUAAAAAAGUGUUUGUGGAGUCCACGGCCGCCGUCUCGCUCUGCGUGGAUCUCCCACGACCUUCAGAAGCUUCAAUCGGCGCCCCCAGACCCGAAAAAGCAGCCCCUCUCGCGGGCGUGCGGAGCAUCGCUCGCCGCGUAGACGAUCUUCGCGUCGGCCUCCGCUGUGACGCGCGUCGGUCCGUCACGUGACGUGUGGAAUGUUAACAAUGCAGCGAGUGUCCAACUUUGUGCCUCAUUUCUUCUUCUUCUUCUUCUCCUCCUCGCUCCGCUUCUUCCUCUUCUUCUUCUUCUUCUCCUCCUUCUUCUUCUGCGUCUUCAUCUUCUGCUCCAAAAUGGAGGCGCCUAUCAUCACUUUCCCUCGCCCGCGUCGGCCCCUCUGAGCCCGCCGGAGAGCCUCCGAGCCCCGGCCAGGAGCUCCGAGAAGCACCGGCCGGACGGACGGGAGGACCACAAUCAAAGUUAGAGGGCAAAGAAAAACUAAAGUUGGUCUUCGGAAGGAAUCGAAAGGAUUUGUCGACUUGUUCUUCACAAAUGGCGCAGGCUGUCAUCACCAUGGUGUGGCUGCAUGGCUCCCUCGUGAGCGGCUGCAUGUCCUGGAACAAUCUGGAACCUGAGCCUUGAAAGACACACCAUGGAGCGCCUCUAGGAGCCAUCCUCACCACCCGACACACCAUGGAGCGCCUGUAGGAGCCAUCCUCACCACCCGACACACCAUGGAGCGCCUGUAGGAGCCAUCCUCACCACCCGAGUAUUCCCCCCCAGCAGAGACCACCAUCGGGGACAAACCUUAGAAGUCUUCCACCAAUCCGCGUGGGCGUCGGUGUUCAAGCGCGAGGGGUCCCCGCGCCGGGUGCCUGACCCGGGGCCCCUCAGCCAUGAGGCCCAAGACGUUCCCGGCGGCCCCCUAUGUGGGCAACACCCGCCAGAGGCUUCAGGAGAUCAAGGAGGGCCUGAAGCAGCCCGCCAAGCUGGUGAGCCAGGCCCUGCACGGGGGCGUGUCCCGGACCGAGGGCGGCCGCCCCGCCGACUGCAAAGGCGGCAAGGACGGGGCGGGGCGGCAGCAGCCCGCGAGACCCCCCCAGAAGUUCUACAACUACCAGAACGCCCUGCGAGAAAUACGCAAGUCCCUCAUGCCCUUCGCCAAUGAGUCGGGCCCCUCGUCCGGGUCGGGGCCCCCUGCUGGGGAGGUGAACCGGCAGAUGCUGCAGGAGCUGGUCAACGCUGGCUGUGACCAGGAAAUGGCCGUCCGGGCACUGAAGCAGACAGGAAGCAGGAACAUUGAGGCGGCGCUAGAGUACAUCAGUAAAAUGGGCUACCUGGACCCUCGCAACGAGCUCAUCGUCCGUGUCAUCAAACAGACUUCGCCAGGAAAAGCUGGUAUGCCACCUUCUAUGGACCACCACCCUGCAAUGGAGGCCUCAGGUGACACAGCAGGUGCUAUGCCACCAUACCACCCAAUGGGGGCCCCCAUGUAUGAGGGUGUGCCUGGUUAUGGCUCAGAAGGUCCAUAUAUGAGUCCUCCACCUGUCAUGAACUACAUGAUGACUCCAUCUGGGGCGGCACAGGGUCCCCCAAUGGGGAAUCCCAUGGGUCGUCCUCCCAGUAUGGGCAGCUACCCACCAGUGAUGGCCGCCCAGAGUAACACCACUAACACCAUGUACCCUCCGGGGGCCCAACAGAAAGGCUAUCCCGGCAGCAUGGAUCAGCACGGGCCCAUGAUGAGCUACAAUGUCCCCGGUCAACCUUUGCAGCUCCAGCCUCAGCCCCCAGGGGCGCCUGUUCCGGGUCCUCACUAUGACUAUGGCCAUGCCAGGCCCCACUUAAUGGAGCCCGCAGGCUACGGAGUCAAGAGAACCGCCUCCUUUCAAAACAAGAUGGCACCCCCAGACAACUACGUCAACAUGCAAGGUAAAGGCACCAUGGGCCAGAAUGGGCCAGGAGGAGGUGGGGGAGGGUACCCUGCAAAUCUUUAUCUGCCCUCCCACUCACACCCGCGUCAGGCGAGCCCAACCUCUCACCAAGUCCACAUGAUGUCCCGUUCCCCAGGUGGGGUCACAGCCAUGGGCCCAGACUUCCCCGAUCUUCCCCAAGGCUUAAUGACACCAUCCAGGGCGAGCCUCAACCUAGACUUGUAUGAGCACCACUGGGCGGGCCCUCCAGGUUCUGAAGGGCCCCUUCCAGCAAGGCAGCCACAACCUCAGGGGCCCUUUAGGGGUGAGGUUCGUGUUCCCAGCCGAGCUAACUCAUUCAACAGCCGCUCCGCUGUAUCCAACGGCGUACGCCCCCCGAUGACAGCACCCCCGUCUGGUGGGAAACAAGAAUCUUCCCUGGGCCCUCCCAACACAAUCACAGCUGUCACGUCACCACCCAUCCAGCAGCCGGUCAAGAGUAUUCGGGUGAUGAGGCCGGAGCCCAAGACGGCCGUGGGCCCGUGCCACCCCAGCUGGAUGACGGCACAGGCCCAAGAUGCGUCAGAACCGCUGGCCUACAUGCAAGAGGAGACCUACUCCUUGGAGCCCCCGCAGGAGCCCCGCUGCCCACCACCGCCCUACCCCAAAAAUCUCUUCAUGUCGCCAGCACCUGGCGAAUCCGGGGCUCUGGAGUGUGCUCAGGAUCUGAGCAACGCGGCCUCCAGAAGCACACGCGGCGGCAGUGGCGGAAGCGGAAACACCGAGGAAGGAGGCCAUCAGGUGAAGGAGAAGACCAAGCUUGGCAAGGGAGAGAAAAGCCUGAAAGACAAGAAGCAGAUCCAGACCUCGCCCGUGCCGGUGAGGAAGAACGGACGCGACGAGGAGAAGCGGGAGUCUCGCAUCAAGAGCUACUCGCCAUUCGCCUUCAAGUUCUACAUGGAGCAGCACAUCGAGAACGUGAUGAAGACCUACCAGCAGAAGCUCAACCGCAGGCUCCAGCUGGAACAGGAGAUGUCCAAGGCCGGCCUGUCCGAGGCGGAGCAGGAGCAAAUGAGGAAGAUGCUCAACCAGAAGGAGUCCAACUACAACAGGUUGCGACGAGCCAAAAUGGACAAGUCCAUGUUUGUCAAAAUCAAAACGCUGGGCAUCGGUGCCUUCGGAGAGGUGUGCCUAACGCGCAAGGUGGACACCUUUGCGCUGUACGCCAUGAAGACCCUGCGCAAGAAAGACGUCCUCAACAGAAACCAGGUGGCCCACGUGAAGGCGGAGCGCGACAUUCUGGCGGAGGCGGACAACGAGUGGGUGGUGCGUCUCUACUAUUCCUUCCAGGACCGCGACAGCCUCUACUUUGUCAUGGACUACAUCCCCGGGGGGGACAUGAUGAGCCUACUUAUCCGGAUGGGCAUCUUCCCCGAACCACUGGCAUGCUUCUACGUGGCUGAGCUGACGCUGGCCAUAGAGAGCGUCCACAAGAUGGGCUUCAUCCACCGCGACAUCAAGCCGGACAACAUCCUCAUUGACCUGGACGGACACAUCAAGCUGACCGACUUCGGCCUGUGCACGGGCUUCCGAUGGACCCACAACUCUAAGUACUAUCAGAAAGGGAGUCACGUGAGACAGGACAGCAUGGAGCCCAGCGACUUCUGGGACGACGUGUCCAACUGCCGGUGCGGCGACCGACUGAUGACGCUGGAGCAACAGGCCAUUCGGCAGCACCAGCGCUGCCUGGCUCACUCCUUGGUGGGCACGCCCAACUACAUCGCCCCCGAGGUUCUCCUUCGCAAAGGUUACACUCAGCUGUGCGACUGGUGGAGCGUGGGUGUGAUCCUGUUUGAGAUGCUGGUAGGGCAGCCGCCUUUCCUGGCCCCCACCCCCACGGAGACCCAGAUUAAGGUCAUCAACUGGGAGAGCACGCUGCAGGUGCCCGCGCAGGUCAAACUCAGCCCCGAGUCCGUGGACAUCAUCGCUCGCCUGUGCUGCUCGGCGGAAGACCGCCUGGGGGCCAACGGCGCCGGCGAGAUCAAGGCGCACCCGUUCUUCAGCAAGGUGGACUUCUCCAGCAACCUGCGCCAGCAGCCCGCCCCCUACCGGCCCAAGAUCGCCCACCCCAUGGACACGUCCAACUUCGACCCGGUGGAGGAGGACGGCGGGCCCGGCGCCUGGAGCGACAGCGGCGACAGCACCCGCGCUCUGGAUGCCCUCUGCUCGCCGCAUGGGAAGCACCCGGAGCACGCCUUCUACGAGUUCACCUUCCGCAGGUUCUUCGACGACAACGGCUGCCCCUUCCGCUACCCCAAACCUCUGGAGGCCGGCGGCGGCGGCGGCGGCGGCGGCCUGGGUCCGGAGGAGGAGGAGGACGAGGAGGGAGAGGAGGAGGCCGGGGAGGGAUGCGAGCCCGUCUACGUGUAACCGUCGCCCCCUUGUGGGCACUGUGAGCGCCUCCCACCCGCACGGGACCAACGAGCAACCGCCCUGAGCGCAGACCUGGGCAGUCCGGUAAGAAUGUAAGAAGAACACGACCACACCCGGGUCUUCCUUCCAUUCCUCGCUUUCAAAGUGGCGCUUUUUGUGUGCUUUUACACUGAAAUGUGUCAACACUCUCAACUCAAGUCAGUGAACCAAAGCAAGAUACAAAAAGGAGUUCUUCCCCCUUCACAAUAAGAGUUUAUUAGCGCAGGAAAUAUUCAAAGUUGGACACUUUCACUUUGAAAAUAACUUUUUUCUACAUUUAUUCUGAGGGAGAAGAAAGAAAAAAAUGAUCGGACGCAUUUUUUAUUGCUAUCAAUUACGUGUCUACUGUCAUAAAUCGCACAUUUACAGUUCCACGUUUCAACGUGUCCGAAAAGCGGAACUUGUGUAGGGGCUGACAAAAUUCUGAUUCCCAUAAAAUCUAAAGGCGACUUAUUUCGAAACCACCGGCUCAAGCACUUGGCAGGCAAACGAGUGUGUCCGUUGUGGAUUACCUCCAAGUCGUGUUGUAAGUUUCCCAUGCAAAGUAAUGCCCCACUUUUCAAAAUGAGCUAGCUCCAUGCUAACUCAUAUCGGAAAUAUGCCGUAUACGUGCUACUGAUUAGCAUUAGCCGUUUUACAUGGCAAAUUUGGUGACGAAAGUGACGACCGAGAUGCACGUUACAAUCCGUGCAGUAUGAACACUUUGUAGGACGCAACAAAAGACAAGACCGGCACACUCAGCUCCACGGCAAAGACUACUUCCUGACUACACUUGGGACAAAAGGAAAUGGCCUGCACACUUGCCAGGAAACGAUAACAACUCAGUGGUCCGGGUUAGCUUAGUGUUGAAUGUUCAAAGAAAUGAAAUGUUAUUAUUAAACACACAAAAGUACUGAAAGUUCAGUAUCUAAAUGCAAAAGGUAAACACCCCCCCCCCCCCCCCCCCCCCACACACACACACACACACCACAGAUCAUUUGGUUUUCACUUCAAUCAUAUUUAAAAUUUGACUAAAUAUCACGCACAUUUUGUACUGUUUGCUUUUGUGGACAAAAUGAGUUACAAUCAGGUCAAUGACCAUGAGCUUUACUUUGAAGUGUACACAGCACAGCAUUUUUAUAUACGACCCAAUCCAAACAACCUUUCACACUCACGGCACAAACCGCAACGUGUGGCCACUGAACUUUGCGGAUACUAUAAAAAAUGUCCGAGCACCGUACAUCAUUUACAAUUACGGUUGGGAGAAAUGCAACACAUUUAUCCAUGUUUGCCGCGUGUAAGCUGCUGGAUAUUUCUGAUGGGUGACAAAACUUUGAGGUCAUCACCGGAAGUAAACAAGGUAGGAGUCCAACCUUCACAUAUGCUAUGUUAUGCUAAUGGUGACGUAGCGGUGCAGUGGACACGACUCCCAACCCGUUCUCGCCAAAGUACAAAUCCGUGGAAAGUUCCCAGCUCGGAAUGUUCCUGGGAUCUUGCGACACGCGUUGUGGACCUGCGUGGUCCAGGACAAGUCGCCAGCGGACUGAAUGCCACGGAUCUGCGCUCCUCUCCUGGUUCGGGCGGGCGGGGGGGAGGGGAGG